UUGGUAGAUGUCUGAUGAGAAAGCUGCAGAUUUCCUGGUUUUGUUAAAUUCGCAAAAGCCUGAUGAUCAUUGUUACAGUUCGUAAUAUCUAAGAAUGGGACAUUCAAACUGUUUAUUUUAUCGUCCCAAUAAUACGUAACUAAAAUCAGUGUUAAUUUGUGUUAGUGCACCUGAUGUAUCAGUAAACAUGUUAUCCAGAUUUCACCACUAUCACGGUUCGAACAUUAUUCUCUUUGAAGAGAACACAGUAGCUUAUCGGAAGGCCAGUUUUGCCCAUGGAUUGACUUUUAGUGAGAAGCCUCUGCUGCCAGGGGAAAUAUUUUUAGUAGAGAUAGAGAAAACGGAACGCGGAUGGAGCGGCCAUAUGAGGCUGGGUCUCACGCUUCUUGAUCCACAGACAGCAGCUUUAGGAGAUAAGGGCUUACCGCAAUAUGCGCUCCCAGAUUUGGCGAACACGGGUAUGUCCUGGAUUUUCCCUAUUUCAAAGUCUCAGAACAAUGUACUAAUUGAACUUGUAAACCAAGCGAGUGGGCGGCGCGAGUGCGAGCCCCGCGUAUCUGUGCUAGGCGACGGUCACAGCGUCAGAACGCCCCGCGGCUACAUAUCUAAAAUGGUUCUAAAACCACAAACUUUAUCUCAAAAUGGUACACCACAAGGCAUAUUGCCUAUGGAUGCUGGCAGUCGCAUUGGUGUUAUGUUUGUCCCAUGCCCAAAGACUAGUAAAGAUGAUCCUGACUUGGCCGAGAUGCAUUUCAUUAUUAACGGUGAAGACCAGGGCCCUUGUACUAAAGCUAUACCAUACUCAAGAGGACCACUGCAUGCUGUGGUUGAUGUUUAUGGAACUACAAAACAAGUGAAGAUUGUUCAAAUUUACGGAGUGAAAACCCUACAGUUAGUCUGCAGAGACGCAAUACUCCAAUAUGUGCAGGAUGGUUCUGUGAAGUCAUUGCCCUUGCCAAAAUGCAUGAAAGACUUUCUACUCUCAUAGAUGAGGCUAAAAGCUAAAACAAGUCACGAGAAGACAAUAAGGCUGGUACUGAACAACUGUAGUAGUUUUAAUUGGCACAACACAGGAUUUAACAGGUCCUUCAUUAACUUUGACUGUAGUGUGAGUAUAAACGGUACAUUUUCGAAAUACUUUUUUAUGGGACUAUUCGAAACCCUGGGGGCUAUUGGGACUAUUAAUAAACAUGAAUUUGAGUUAUUUACAGUAAAACUUAACAGACUCAAAGAAGUUUAUGUCCAAAAUAGUCCUAGUUUAAAAUAACCUUAUUAUUAUUCAUUAUUAUUCAGAGCCCACUGUGUCCCACUGCUGGGCAAAGGCCUCCCCCCUCUUUUUCCACUCGUCUCUGUUUAAUGCUAUAUCCGGCCAGCCUGUCAAGAAGGAGUCCAAGUUAUCCCGCCAUCGCCGACGAGGUCUGCCGGAUCCCCGGUUAGACUCGUGGGGCUCCCACUCCGUGGUUAACUUGGCCCACAAGUCAUCCGGCAUUUGGCAGACAUGACCAGCCCAGUCCCAUUUCAACUUGGCCGCUUUCCGAGCUACGUCUAUUAUUUGAGUCUUAGAGCGCAGCGUGGUGUUUCGGACUCGAUCUCUUAAUUUUACACCUAAUAUGCUGCGCUCCAUAGCUCUCUGGCAAACCCCGAGUUUGGACUUCUGAGCUUCCGUCAAGGACCAGGUCUGAGCACCGUAGGUGAGAACUGGAAGUACGCACAUGUCCAUGAGCCUACGCUUGAGUGACAGAGGUAGGUCUCCCUUCAUCAGGUGUUUCAUUGACCAAUAGCUCUUCCAGGCGUUUUCGGUGCGUCUUUGGACUUCUUUGUCCUGCCGCGUCUGGAAAGAGACUAUUUGGCCAAGAUAAAGGUAUUCUUGGACAUAUGCGAUGUGUAAAAUAACCUUAGGCAUUGUUUUCCAUAAAUGGUCAGAUAAGCGUGUUUAUGUUGUUGUUUGAUAAAAAAGUUAUUAAAAGUAAUUAUGUUUAAAAGGAACAUAGAUACAGGGUACAGCCAAGUUUUUUCUUCAUUUUCCGUAUAAGUAACAUAUACUAGGGGCUCAUUAGUUUAUUUUUCUGCUUUUAAAUUACGUGUUGUUUUUGCUGAGGAUGCUGGUGGCAAAAAUCUAUUCUAAUUACAAGUAGGGCUUCAAUCCUUUGGUACUUCUGCACAAACUUAGUAUUUCAUUGUCUCAUGAUAACAUAGGCUUUGCAAGCUGGAGCACAGUUUAAAAUUAAUUUAUUUGAAUAAUUAUAAGUCACUUUUAUUCCACAUUUUAUUGUUUUACUUGAAUGUUUUACUUGAACUAUAAUAUUUUGCUUGCAUUUUGCCAUUACUUCUAUGUCUUUGAUAUUGGAUCUCUUUGAGAUAGAAUAUCCUAAUAGCAGGAAUUUAUGUUGUGUCAUUUUUCAAUUCCUAACAUUGAGUAGUUAUUCAAUAAUACUUGUGAUUAUGUUAUAAAAACGAUCAAAACAUUCCACCUAUGUUUUAACAUAAUUGUAUCAAAUGUUUGUUGAUUUAUAUAUACCUAUACACUAAGAGAUCAUAAAAAUGUGUAUGUGUAUUAUGUAUGAUCAUGAAAAUUUCAGUGAAUUUCCUAAUUUAUUUUUAUUUAUUUAAACUUUAUUGCACAAACAUAUAAAAAUGUACAAAUGGCGGACUUAAUGCCAAAAAUCAUUCUCUACCAGUCAACCAUGGGGUCAAACAGAGGACAUAAAUGUUGGUGUAGGAGAGAUUCAUAAAUUAUAACAAGAAAUUGAACCAAAAAGACAAAUAUAAACAUCCAUGGUAAUAUUAUAAAUGCGAAAGUCUGUCUGUCUCCUCUGUCUCUGUCUGUGUUACCUCUUCACGCUUACACCGCUGAACCGAUUUAUUAGAAAUUUAGCAUAGUGAUAGUUAGAGUUCCGGGGAAGCACACAGGAUAGUUUUUAUCCCGAAAAUCAUCUCUUAAGAGGGUGAAAAGCGGGGUGGAAUCAUGGUGGAAUUGAGAUAAUUAAUGAGUUGCCUAAAAAUUUGUGUGUAAUUUGUAUUAUGCUCAAAUUUAAUGAUUGCUAUUAGCCAUUCUCCGGGACGCUAAACUUACUCUAGCUGCUGUUACUGAUUCCACGCAGAUGAAGUCGCGGGCAAAAGCUAGUAAUAAAAUAAACCUACAAAAUUAUGAUUAAAUACUAAUACUUAUAUAAUAUACAAAAGAUAAAGUGAUACAUAUUACUACAUACAUGAUUGAAAACAUUAUUUAAAUUCUUCUGACAGAAGAUGCUUGCGGAGUAGUCACUUAAAAACAGGUUUGGUUGGGGCAAUACAUAAUAUAAUUUAUGAUGCUUUUAUGAGCCAGAGUUGAUCUGAAAUUUGUAAAUAAUUAUUACUAUCUUUUGAAUAUAGAUAUCAAAACUUUACAAAGCUAAUUCAAUUUCUAAAAUAACAUACGAUCCUUUUUCCUUUAAACAAUAUAUGUACAAGUUUUUGUAAUAGUUAGGUUAUCAGCAAUUUAAAUCUUAAAUCAAUACUCAGUUUUGCACACAGAUUUAAUAUAUACGCUAGAUGACGCAAAUACCACGAUUUGUAUUGAAACCAAGCGUGCCGACUUUUUCAUACAAAAUUUACGCAUAAUAUAAUUUUAAAAUUGCCUUUGGGUGCUCGCAAUUUUUGGGCUGUUGCAGUUAAUUAUCAUGCAACGAAGACGUCCGGCUGCAACAACUGACGCGCGUGGACUGUAAUGUAAAGAGCGACGGUCAACCUCGACGCUUGGUCGGGAUUCGGACACGCGAAGUAGAUGCAUUUGCGUCUUCUAUGGUAUAUUUAUUUCUGUGGUUUUGCACAUCUCCUAAAGUUGCAAUGUGAACAAGGGACCUGUAUUCAUAUCAUUUGAAAAUCAUCUUAAAUUCGCAAUAUACCUAUCAGAAAAACAAAACUAAAUGUCUAAGAUAAGUCUACAACAAUUUAUAUUUAACACCAAAUUAUAAUCCGACUUCUAUUGAGCCCACUGCGGCGCACGACCACACUACGAGUAUUAAAUAUUUGAAUCGAAAACCUAUGUAUUUAAUAACUAAAGCUUUUAAAACGGGGUAGGUAGGUAAUUGACGUAAUUGCGUUGCAUGCAGUGUACAAGCUAAAAGGAGUUACGAGUGGAGUCUUUACGAAAGUAAAACGAGUAACAUCGUUAGCCACUUUAUGCAGCCUUUAUCUUUUUUAACUUACCUAUCCUUAUCAAUUAUCAUUUCUAAUUAUCGUUCAAAAAAUCAUGGGUCCUUCUUGCAUUCGUGUGCACCGUGCGCCGCUGUGGGUAUCCGUCCUUACUGUGGAUUAUGGCCUCUACAUACGUCACCGAUAAUCGGAAGCCGGCAAUUAUCUGUAUCCCAUGCCAUUUGUUGCACGGUCUGUAAAAGCCUUUAGCCAAUUUUUUUAUUGCAGUGCAGACUUAUUGACUUGGACGAACCCUAUCACUUCGGAAUUGACACGACCAUUACAUAAAUGCGUUCCUCGUUCAUAGUCAGACAAAUACCAUUUAUUUGAUUGUUAAACAAAUGUCUAAAAUAAAUUGAAAACAUAGAUUGUACUAUGUAGUUAGUGAUAGUUAAGUAUGAUUAAAAUUCAUAUAUUAUAAUUUAUUGUUUAAAACUUGA